AUGAUGAUGACAAACAUGACCAUAAUGAGUGGCUUCCUUCUCCUGGGGUUCUCUGACAUCCGUGAGCUGCAGAUCCUGCAUGCUCUGCUCUUCCUGGUGAUGUACCUGUUGGGCUUGGCAGGUAACUUCACCAUCAUCACCAUCACAAUGCUGGAUCCAAAGCUCCAAUCUCCAAUGUACUACUUCCUGAAGCACCUUGCCCUUCUUGACCUCUACUACCUGUCUGUCACUGUCCCCCAGUCUAUCCACAAUUCCCUGACAGGCAGUGGAUACAUUUCCUAUGCUCAGUGUGUGCUGCAGGUUUUCUUCUUGAUGUAUUUGGGCAGGGAUGAUGUGGCCAUUCUCACAGUGAUGUCCUAUGAUCGCUAUGUGGCCAUCUGCCUCCCAUUACACUAUGAGGUCAUCAUAAGUCCCACAAAGUGCAGGUGGGCUGUAACAGCUGUGUGGCUAAUUGGAGUCAUCCCAGGAACCUUGUACAUAGUAACCACGUUCUCUAUCAGAUUCUGCAGGGACAAAAUUAUCCACCAGUUUUUCUGUGAUGUUCCCCAAUUUCUCAAGCUCUCUUGCUCCAAUGAUUACCUUGCAGUGGUUGGAGUGGUUGCUUUUAUGGUUUUAUUGGCAUUUGCCUGCUUCAUUGCCAUUGCCCUCUCCUAUUUCCAGAUAUUCUCAACAGUUCCCAAAAUGCCAUCUGCUGAAGGAAGGUCUAAGGUCUUCUCCACCUGCCUACCCCACCUUGGUGUGGUCUCAUUUUAUUUGUUCACAGGUGCCUGUGCAUAUCUCAAACCAACUUCAGACUCAACAACUGCUCUAGACCUCAUGCUCUCUAUAUUUUACACAGUGCUACCCCCAACACUCAACCCUAUUAUGUACAGUCUUAGGAAUGAAGCCAUGAAGGGGGCUGUACCAAAGUUACUGCUAGGUAGAGCAUUCACUCAGACAAAAACUUUUCUGUCCUGUUUUUAA